AUGAUGAAACAAGUAUUGAUGAGCAAAAAAUUUAUGUUGGUCUUAGAUGAUGUGAAGGACAAGAAUCAAAUCAAUGAUGUAGUACUUUUGGAUGUUCUACAUUUUAACAAAGGAGGACAAAAGAGAUUGAAAUGUUGGAAAAGAGCUUUGCAAAAGUUAAGAAGAAGAAGACCUUUGGAUGGAGAUGAAAUAGAUAGUGAAUAUAAGCUAUGGACUAUUUUGAAGAUAAGUUUUGAUACCUUAAAAGUUAAAGAAAAGAAUUUAUUUUUGGAUAUAUGUUGCUUCUUUUGUAAUAAUGUGAAAUAG